GAUUCACAUGGGCGAUGUUUGGUUUCAUCUCAUGGGUCCUCUCUCUCUCUCUUUCUCUCUCCUCUGAACCGACAAUUAUGAGCUUUGAAGCAUAAAGAACAGGAAAAAGAAAAUACAUUUCUCUUUCUCCCCCUCCUUUUUCUUCCCCCUUCUUCUUUCUUUUCCUUCUUUAUUUUUAUUUUUAUUUUUAUUUUUUCGUUUCAUUUGUAGCUGACUAGCUGGGAGUUAUGGCCGAAGAUCAGGAGAUGUCUGCUCCUGUUGUGGACGGGAAAGAUGCGGUUACUGGCCAUAUAAUAUCCACAACCAUCGGGGGAAAGAAUGGAGAGCCAAAGCAGACAGUUAGUUACAUGGCAGAGCGUGUUGUCGGAACUGGGUCAUUUGGAGUUGUUUUUCAGGCAAAAUGUCUCGAAACUGGGGAAACAGUGGCUAUUAAGAAGGUGUUGCAGGACAGGAGAUACAAGAAUCGUGAAUUGCAGUUAAUGCGCACAAUGGAUCACCCAAAUGUUGUUUCUUUGAAGCACUGCUUCUAUUCGACAACGACCACGGAUGAGCUUUUUCUCAAUUUAGUCAUGGAAUAUGUCCCCGAAUCCAUGUAUCGGGUGCUCAAACAUUAUAGCAACAUGAACCAGCGAAUGCCGCUCAUUUAUGUUAAACUUUACACAUAUCAAGUAUUUAGAGGGCUGGCAUACAUGCACUCGGUUGCCGGAGUAUGCCACAGAGACCUAAAACCGCAAAAUGUUCUGGUUGACCCUCUCACUCACCAGGUUAAGAUUUGUGAUUUCGGAAGUGCUAAAGUCCUUGUUAAAGGUGAAGCAAACAUAUCAUACAUCUGCUCUCGGUUCUACCGGGCGCCCGAACUCAUAUUUGGUGCAACAGAGUAUACUACCUCAAUUGAUAUUUGGUCGGCUGGCUGUGUCCUUGCAGAGCUUCUCCUUGGACAGCCAUUGUUUCCGGGAGAGAAUGCUGUUGACCAACUUGUUGAGAUAAUCAAGGUUCUUGGAACACCAACCCGGGAGGAAAUCCGCUGCAUGAAUCCAAACUACACUGAUUUUAGGUUUCCACAAAUCAAGGCCCACCCUUGGCACAAGGUUUUCCACAAACGCAUGCCUCCGGAAGCAAUUGACCUUGCUUCUCGACUACUGCAGUACUCACCAAGUCUACGUUGCUCUGCUCUAGAAGCAUGUGCACAUCCUUUCUUCAAUGAACUUCGAGAGCCUAAUGCCCGCCUUCCAAACGGGCGCCCAUUGCCGCCUCUUUUCAAUUUUAAACAAGAGUUGUAUGGGGCCUCGCCAGAGCUCAUUAACAGGUUGAUACCCGACCACGUGAAAAGGCAAAUGGGGCUUCAUUCUUUCUCGUCCCAUGGGGGCUUGACGUGAGGUGUGAAACACGAGACUGACUAAUACGAGUCGACGACGAGGACAAAGGGAUCGGAAAAUUGCAAUCCCGCCAUAGAUACCACCGGGGUAUGCAUGCAGGCGAGCAUCUCCCCCGUUCACCAAGGAACGAGGCUGUUAGGCUGCUGCAUAUUAUGUUUUUAUUCUUUUUCUUGUACCAUUUUUAUGUUGCCUGUUUCAUUCUGCUACACCAUCCUCCCCCUUUUAGCACCAAAGAAAAUCAAAAUCCCUUUUGGUAUAUGUUUGGUUGUACCAAAGACCAGAAAGCUGCUGGGCAGCCGAGAAGUUAGAUGUAUGGAUAGUGUGAAACUGUGAAGGCUCCAAAAGUAAAUACUGGAACCCCCAAGGAAAAGCAACUUUUUUUUUCUUUAUUUUUUUCUUUAUUUUUUUAAAAACCUUUCUGUUCUGUUUUGGUUUAGUGUUUGUUAUGGCUUAAAUUAUGCUGCAAGCAAAUGUUGGUAUUCCAAUGUAUGUAAUGAAUGUAUCUAUGUUUCUUCUC